AUGAAGCCCAUUUUAAUUCGGGACAAGUAUCGUGUCGAUCGUAAGAUUGCCGAAGGCGGGGCUGGAUUGGUGUAUGCUGGUACCGACGUUACAUGUGACAAAGAUGUUGCCAUUAAGCUAAUGGAGAACCGGAAUGGUCCCACCGCUUUGAGGCAAGAAGCAGUUGUAUACCAACAGCUCGAGGAAGCACCCGGAUUUCCUGAUUUUUACUGGUCUGGAUCAGAUGGUAGCUACGAAUUCCUGGUUUUCGAGCUCCUGGGACCCUCGUUGGCCGAUCUUUUCGCGUAUUGCGAGUACAAGUUCUCAUUGAAGACCAUCCUCCUUAUCGCCGACCAAGCGAUCGCUAGGAUCGAACGCAUUCACAGGCACUUCCUUCAUCGAGAUAUCAAACCCGAGAAUUUCUUAUUAGGAACAGGAAAACAAGGCAAUACAAUCUACGCGGUCGACUUUGGCCUAGCCACAAAGGUUUAUAGCGAAGAAGAGUAUAGGGGAUAUGAAGGACUGGCAUUUGAAGGCACUUAUCGCUAUGCUAGUAUUAACUGCCACAGGGGACUCGAACCAUCUUGGAGAGAUGACCUCGAGUCUCUGGGUUACGUUCUCUUGUACUUUGCGCGUGGGUCUCUGCCGUGGGAGGAAAGCAAAGUAACAACAAUGAACAAGAACAGCAUUUUCAAGGACAUGAAAGCUAGCCUUUCUGGCGCAGAGCUCUGCGAAGGCUUUCUUCCCCAGGAGUUUGCUUUGAUGAUCGAUUGCGCCAGGUCUCUGAAAAUUGGCGAGAAACCCGAUUAUCGCUAUUUCCGCCGGCUAUUCCGGGAUCGCUUUUUAGCUGAGGGAUUCCACUAUGAUAAUGUGUUUGACUGGACUGAAAGGAGAUUCCAUGAAAUCCGUGGCGAGCUCAACCAGAAAGAGUUCGCGUGGGGCGCCAUAGACAGUUUUCAAUGA